AUGAAGCGCAUUGAAGACUAUGUGGUGGAUCAUUUCUACGGUGAUUGGUACUGGAAUACCUCUUUAGCUAUUGGUACAUGCUACUUUGCUUGGUUAUUUGCGAAAUGGGGAUGGGGAAUCUUAUCCCUCGGACUUGUGUUCAUCUUCACAACCUCCGUCUAUCGUAUAGAAUUCCGCAGAUUCAACCGUGAUAUUCGUGAUGAUAUGACCAGAAUUAACUCGAGCAACAGACUUGAAAAUGAAUUGGAAACCAUGGAAUGGUUGAACUCCUUCUUGGACAAGUUUUGGGUUAUUUACAUGCCUGCAUUGUCUGAGCAGGUUAUGUACCAAGCUAACGAGGUGUUGAAGGAUCAAGCUCCAGGUUUUGGUAUUGAAGCAUUGUCCUUGGACGAGUUUACCUUGGGAUCCAAAGCUCCUCGUGUGGAUAGUAUUAAAUCUUACACCUUGAAGGGUCAGGAUCAUAUUGAAAUGGACUGGGCUUUUUCUUUUACUCCCAACGAUACCGAUGACAUGACCAAGAAUGAAAUUAAGAAGAAGAUCAAUCCUAAGGUUGCACUUGGUGUUACUAUAGGAAAGGCUUUCAUCAAAAAGUCACUUCCUAUUCUUGUGGAGGACAUGUCUUUUACAGGAAGAAUGAACAUCAAGUUCAAAUUGUAUGAAACUUUUCCACAUCUCAAGAUGGUUUCAGUUCAGUUCUUGGAAGCUCCUGUCAUCGAUUACGCAUUGAAGCCUGUAGGUGGUGACACUUUGGGAAUUGAUAUCAUGUCAUUUAUUCCAGGUUUGGCUUCGUUCGUCAACGGUUUGAUUCAUUCUAACUUGAGACCAAUGUUGUAUGCCCCCAACUCGUUGGAUAUUGACGUUGCAGAAAUCAUGGAACAACAAUCUAACGACUCCCUUGGAGUCGUGGCUGUGACUAUCAAGCGGUGCCACAAUCUCAAGACAGGUCAGUCUACCAAAUCCAAUAGUAUCAAUCCCUAUGUGGAGCUCAAGCUUCUGGCUAACGCCGAUGUGAGUGAGAAGACAAAGAUCAAAAAGUUGAAUAACGAUCCAAUUUUUGCCGAAACAAAAUACAUUUUGGUUAAUUCGUUGGAUGGAAACACCCUUUCAUUCAAUGUCUAUGACUUUGUCAAGGACAAGAUGGACGAUACCUUGAUUGGUAACGUUGAUUAUUCUUUGGGUGAUUUGCUUCAAAAAGAAGAAAGACUUGAUAUUACCAAGAGUAUAACCGAGGGAGGAAAAACAGUCGGAAAGAUCGAAUUUGACCUUCGUUACUUCGCCAGUGUACCUCCUGCUACCUUAGAGGAUGGUACAAAGGUGGUUGACACUCAAGCCGAAGUCGGUAUUCUUAAAUUGAAUCUUCACGGAGCUAAGGAUUUGGACAUUUCUCGCUCCGUUGUUGGGCUUUUGAACCCCUACGCCGAGAUCUAUGUCAACAAUGAGUUGACAAAGUCAUGUCGUAGAUUGAGACAGACGAACGAACCUUCUUGGAACCAGUCUUUUGAAUCCUUGAUUACCCAGCAAUCGGAAACACAAGUGCAGGUUUUGAUCAAGGAUUCAGCGGACGAUGAUAUUGUUGCCAAAUUGGAUGCUAGUCUUCAAGAUUUGAUCUUUGAAACCUCUAGAGGCCAACAAUGGAUCACUUGUCAACCAAUCAGAGAAGGUGGGCCACAUUCACGAAUCAAAAUCAGCGCAGGUUGGAAGCCUCUUGGUAUGACUGACAGUAGUGUUGUAGACACUCACUUCAAUGCUUCUAUUGGUGGUCUUAGAUUGCACUUGAGAGGUGCCUCUAAUCUUAUCAACUUGGAAUCUGUUGGAAAGGUUGAUCCAUAUGCUCGUGUUAUCGUGGAUGGUAAGUUGAAAGCCAGAACUGUCACCAUUGGUGAGACUACGGAUCCAGUUUGGGAUACAGUUUACUUUUUCCCCGUUACUACUCAGCAUCAGCAUUUGUUAAUUCAAGUCAUGGAUGCUGAAACUGAAGGAAAGGACAGAAACCUUGGAAGUGUUGCUGUCAAUGUCAAUGAGAUUUUGAAGAAGAAUGAGGCAGGUUACUUCUUGGGUUAUGACGGUGCCGAGGAAAUCCUUGAGCAACCUGUUUUAUUUGAUGGUCAGAACAAGGGCUCUUUACAAUACUCUCUUUCAUUUAUUCCAACCUUGCCUCUUUACACUCUUUCACAAAAGGAGGACAAAGCUGGAUACCAAAGACAUUUGGACAAGCUCAAGAAAGAUGAAGAGGAGAAACAAAAGAGACAAGAAAACUUGUUCAAGAAACACCCCGACGAAUAUGAAUGGGUUGAUGUCGCUGAGGACAAUUUGCCCGAGCCUCCAAAGAUCGACAUGCCUUUGGACAAGUCCAUCAAGUAUAGGACAGGAAACAUUGUUGUGCACAUCCUUGAUGGAAAAUUCAGUGCUUCAGAAUUGUACGUUCACACGUUGUUUGACGACCAAGCAUACCCCUCUGGUAUCACAAGUAAAAUUGAAGGUAAGAAACUCACGACUCCUUCAACUUCUGAAGGGUUUAUCAGGGAUUUGCCAAAUUCUAAACUCAUAUUGAGGCUUGCCAAGAAGGCUGAAGUUGAUGAUGAAAAGGAUAUCUUUGCCGAGAAAAUAUGGGACACGAUUGAAAUAUUGAAGCUGGCAUAUCACAAACCAAUUCAUUUAAGAAUCAAUGACAAGAACCAGCUCACUGUGAGACUUGAAUUCUUUCCUUCUGCUGUCAAGUUGGCUCCAUUGGACACCAUCUUGGAUGUGGGCUACUUGAAGCUCGAUAUCCUCGCAGCCGAAAACUUGCAAGCGUUGGAUUCCAACGGAAAGUCUGAUCCUUUCGUUGCCAUCAAAUUAGAUGGUAUUAGAAUUUUCAAAACCGACAAAAAGCGUAAGACUUUGGAUCCAUCUUGGAACGAAGGUGUUGAAUUCCCAAUGAUAUCUCGUUCCAGACAAGUUUUGUUAUUGGAAGUGUAUGAUUGGGACUUGACUCAUGACGAUAGAUUGUUAGGACGUGCCAAUAUGGACUUGUCUACUAUUGAACCAUUGACGUCUACUCAAUUUAGUGUUCAUUUGGACACCCAAGGAAUCGUCCAUUUACGUGCUACGUUCAAGCCGGAGUAUAUCAGACCCAAGUUGAGCUCGUCAAGUGCAUUACCAAUUGAUUUGGGAUCGGUUGCUGCAGCACCAGUGAAGAUUGUUGGAGGAGCCGCCGGCUUGGCUGGCAAUGCUGUUGGUACGGGAUUGGGCUUGGCUAGUGAUGGUGUGACGAAAGGAGGUAUGUUCUUUAAGAAUUUGGGCAAAAAGAAGAGUAGUGAGAACGAACGUGGAGGUGAAAGUGGCCAAGAGAAACAGCAAAAGGAGCAGCAAGAGAAGAACGAGCAAAACAAUGAACGUGAUCUUAAUGCUGAAGAGAACGGAAAGGAUCAUGAUGAAGAUAGUGACGAAGCUGAAAGUGAUGAGAAUGAAGAUGAGCAUUCCAAGGAUGAAAAUGGAAAGCCCAAGAAGAAGUAUGCAAGUGAAAUGCAAGACGAGGCUCCUUCGUUCGAUGAGGAAAAACCCCCUAGCGUUAAAGCAGUACCUAAUGUUCAUGCCGAGGUACUUCCACCUCCUCAGAAGCCGGAUGUUGGUGGUCAUGGAAGACAUGAUAGUUCCAACACCGAUAUGAGCAGUGUUAUGGAUACUAGCAUGCAGCUGAGCUUUCUUGGUGAGUCUAGUGCUGGACGCUUUACCAUUAUUUCGGCACAUGGUUUCAAGCAAUCUUCGUUGGAGGUUAAAGUUGUCAUGAAGACUCCAGAGAAGGAAAAGACUCUCUACAAGCUGAGACUGGCCAAGGGUGACAAGCAAGGUAAUUUCAAGUGGAGCGAAACUUUACCAUUUAGAGCAUAUGCCGAUGGAACCUUGAUCUUUGUAUUGAGAGAACACCACAGAAUUGGCCGUAGUGUCGAGAUUGGUCGUGGUGAAGUACGCCCUGGAGUUCUUGAAGAAGAACACCAAUUAGCUAUCAAUGGUGGAAUUUUGAAUGUCAAGGUGACCACUUCAGAUUAA